AAUAUGGAAUGUUAAAGAAUGUUAUGAGGACAACCUGUGAGGUUAUGCUGGAUUUUACAACGGCAUGGAAUGCGAUAUGGCCAAUCACAAUCAAGAAUGGGAACAACCAGCUUUAGAAUUUAUAUUUAAAACUCAUGUUUAACAUCUACUGAAGGAUCCGGUUACUAUUCCAUGCGGGCACAGCUACUGUUUAGUAUGCAUUGAUGGAUGUUGGGAUCAGAAUCAAACGGACGUCUUCAGCUGCCCUCAGUGUCGUCAAAGUUACACCUCGAGGCCUGUUCUCAACAAGAGCACUGUGCUAAUUGAGGUGCUGGACAAUCUGAAGAAGUCGGGAGUCCACAUCGAUGCACAGAGUUAUGCUGGACCUGGCGAUGUGGAAUGUGACGCCUGCGCUGGAAGGAAACACAAAGCUGUGAAGUCCUGUCUAGUCUGUCUGGCUUCAUACUGUGCGCCUCACCUUCAGCCUCACUAUGAAUCAAAAGCCUUUAAGAAACACAAGCUGGUUAAAGCCUCCUUCAAACUAGAGGAGAAGAUCUGCCCUCGACAUGACAAACUGCUAGAGGUCUACUGCUCCACUGACCAGCAAUGUGUCUGUCUGCUGUGCGUCAUGGAUGAACACAAAGGCCAUGAUACAGUCUCAGCUGCAGCAGAAAGACUUGGAAAACAGAAGCAGGUGGGGGAUUUCCAGAAGAUUCUCCAACAAAUCAUCCAGAAGACAGAACAAGAGGCCCAGGGCUUGAGACAGGCUGUGAAGACUGUUAUGCAAUCUGCACAGGCGACAGUGGAUGAGAAUGAGAGAAUCUUCACUGAGAUGAUCCGCUCCAUGGAGAAGAAGCGUUCGGAGGUGAAGGAGCAGAUCAGGACCCAGGAGAAGGCUGCUGUGCAAAGAGUUGAAGAAGUGCUGAAGCUACUGGCGAAGGAGAUUCUAGAGUUGAAGAAUCAAAACGCUGAAAUGGACAAGCUCUCACAUACAGAGGAUAACAUAGAAUUCCUCCAGACUUUUCCGGCUCUCUUGUCCCAAGCUAAGUCUGAAGCUUUACCCAGCAUUAGCAUUAAGCCAAAUUUGUCUUUCGACCAAGUGCGGAAACUGGUGUCGGGACUGAAAGUGCAACUCAAUAACAUUUAUGAUAAGGAAAUGAGCAAGAUAUCAAAAAAAGUGACUGAAGUUCAAAUAAUUCUACCUUUUGAACCUAAGACCCGAGAGGAUUUCUUAGAAUUUCCCUGCAAACCCACUUUCAACAGUAACACAGCAAGUGGAACAUUGUGUUGUUCGGAAGAGGGUCGGAAGGUAACGUGGACUGAAGGGGCAACGUAUCCUGAUCAUCCUGAACGAUUUACUCAUUUUGAUCAAAUUCUGUGUGAGGAAGGUCUGUUAGAAAGAUGCUACUGGGAGGUUGAGUUUCGUGGCUGGAUUGCUGUUGGAGUGGCAUAUCAAACCAUGGAGAGGAAAGGAGACGGUAAAGAAAGUAAAUUAGGAGGGAAUGACCUGUCGUGGAGUUUGGAGUGCUCUCCAUCCUCAUGCUAUUUCCUCCAUGAUAAUAUUAAGACUAAAUUACGCUGCCGCUGUCCUCCCACCAAGGUAGGAGUGUACUUAGAUUACACGGCAGGUACUUUGUCUUUCUACAAUACAUCUAAAAACAUUAGCCUCCUUCACAAGGUGCAGGCUACUUUCACUCAGCCACUAUAUCCUGGGUUUGGGGUGGGCUUGGAGUCUUAUGUAAGAAUCACAUCCUCCUAAAGGUAUAUUGAGUACUGAUACAGCGGUAGUUAGUGUGUUCGGUCGGCACAUUAUUCGAUGUAAAAAAAUCCCAAAAUAUAACUGCUAAUAUUUUCCACUGUUUUCACAACCAAUCGCACAACCCUGGCACAUCAACUCAUAUUUUCAAUACCCUGCCACAGGCAAGAUAUUUCACACAAUUCUUAGGUAGUUUUGAAGUUACAAAUAACCUUAACUUUACACUCUUAGAAGUAAAGGCGCUAACUAGAACCACACGGGGUUCUUUGGGCUAAUACCCAUAGGUGAACCUUUUUCGGUUCUUGAUGGAACCCUUUAUAGAGUUUCCACCUGGACCCCUUUCAGAGGGCUAUACUUAGAACCCCCCAAGUGUUAUAUCUAGAACUGUCUGGGAAAGAUCCCACCCAGAACUCCCUAUUAGAGGUUCUACAGAGAACUUUUCUAUGAUGUGAUGGUUUCACCCAGAACUUUCUCUGGGGGUUCUACCCAGAAUGUUCACAUUCUAAGAGUGCUUACAAGAACCCACCUAGGGGGUUCCACCAAAACCAUUUUUAUACUUCAAUGGUUUCUAGAACCCACCCAGAAUGAUUUGAAUACCACAUCCAUCACUUUAACGAACUAUGUUACAAUUACCAUUAGCAUUUUUUUUAAUGAGAAACAAUCGUAUUUACAAAUGAUGGAACAAUGAUGGAUAUGGUGGGGAGACUGACAGUAAGCCAACAGAACAGGUGAUAGCAUUUGAAGAAUAGUGGAAUCAGCAACAUAACAGAUAGGACACCAGCCAUGUCAGACCAUCCUGUCAGACUAUCCUCAGCAGAGGAAGUAAUGUCCAGUUACAGUGACAUACUGUAGCAGAGAGGGAAGGACAAACCCAACCAGUAGCAACAUCCCAAAGUCCACUCACCACAACAGAUAAGGCAGUAAGUCAUCUACAACCAACAUGUUAUAGGGUCCAAUGAGAGCAGUACAAGUUCUUAAUAAUGGUGACCGUGGAAAUGAUUGUAAAUGCCUUGUCCUCCAGCUCCUAUAUUAACAGCUGAAUGACUUUAUAAUAUAUAUACUGUAUUUGUGUUCCAGUUUUGAUAGGACAAGCAGGUAUUGAUAAUACAUAAUAGCAUCUCACCAGAAAAGGCAUUUCUGCAGUGACCCAAACCCUCUUGCUCAAGCCAUGGCACACUUUAACUUACUUUUCUGAGGUUUCUCAUCUGUUAGUCAGUCAUGCUUUGUAUGGGUAAAGGGGUAUUACCAAAUGUGGAAUCCUAGUAGGUACUAGAAUUGUAAUAUUAAUAUGUGACCCUUUUUUAGAGGCCAUGUGAUGACCUGGAUUCUGCUGGGUAAAUGGGUAAUGUAGUUCUGUAUCUCAGCCUGCAUGUUUUUCUAAGUGCUUUUCUACGUAGGUCACCUACUGUAUAUCUUUACAUCAGUUGUGUUUGUGCCUAUGCUCUUUCUUUCAUGUUUUAAGCAUUGUAAAUAAAUAUAAAUAAAACAAA